GUUAAAGCGUAUCCUGGGGCGUUCGUGCCUCCCCUGACCUGUAAAAGCCAGAUCAAGGUGAUGAUGAAGACGGCUCCCACGGCGAUGAUGCAACACAUGAAACCAGUCGAUAAUGUGACUGAGAUCAGGCGCCAAGCUCUCGAAGAGUUCCUCAGCAG